AUGAAUAUCAUAAAAUUACUUGAACAACAAAUUGGGAACUAUGUUAAACAUUUUCAAGAGAAAAGGAUUAGACAAGUAGGUACUAAAUUUGUACAAAAAAGAAGAAUUGGAGAAGGUGUAGGUGGGUGUGAUUCAUGUGGAUUUAUAAAUGACAGUGUUUUUUAUGGAAAAGGAAAACAAUUGUCUAUUAUUGGUAAUGGAAGAAUUGAACAAUAUGAAGUUGGAAGUAGUGUUAGACAAUGCAUCAAAACUGAUGAUGGGGUUGUUGUUAUAUUAAAUGAAAAAAUUGAAUUUAAAGGAACUUUUGAAUAUGUCAUUGAUGGAUUAUUUGAAUGUAUUGCCACAGAUGGAAUGACUAUUCUUGUUGGAAAUGUUAAAGGGAUGUUUUGUUUUAAUAGGAAUAGUCAUAGUCUUGAUAUUGUUCGUUAUGGUCAUUAUUUAAGUAUUGUUGUUGAUAAAAGUAGAAGGAAAGUUUUUGGGUUAAAAGAGCGUUGUGUUGAUAUAUUUAAUAUUAAAGAAAUGGUGGUUUUGUUUGAAAGAAGUGUUUCAUUACCACAAAUUGGAUUAAGUAUAAAUUAUGCAGAAUAUCCAAUGCUGUUUGGAGUUACAUUGGAUAAUGGAGAACGAAGGGUUUAUUUUGAUAAUGGGUCAAAUGACAGUAUCACUUUUUACCAAAUGGUUGAUUAUCCUAAUAGUUCAUGGUGCUUUGGUUUAUGUUCCUUACAAUAUACUAUAGAAGAUGAUAAAUUUGUUAUUUUUAUUGGAAACAUGAAAAUUAAAGAAGACCAAGUUAUUGAAGAAAUAGACCCUACAAUAAAACUAAAUCAACCUGUUGAUGUGCAGUGUCAAAUUAAAAAAAAUUUCAUUGGAAAUGAAAUUAUAUUAAAAAUAAUUACGAUUAAUGAAAUUGUGGAGUUAACUUGGACUUGCCCAUCAGUAUUUUUACCACAACAGUACUUAUCUUAUUUGACCACACAACAACCUAUUCAAAAUGAAGUUAUUACUCUUUUUAAUUCUGAGCCUAAUGUAAUUCAAAUAACAAUGAAUUUAUUAUUUCAUAUUCUUCCCAACUUUCAUUUGUCAAUGAGUGUUCUUAUUAAUUAUCCACCAGAAGAUAUUAAAAGAAUAUAUGAGGCACUAGAAAUUAUAUCAAACGUAUUAAAAUUAUAUGAAAAUCAUUCUGUUGUAUUACAAGAAAUGAGUGAACAAAAAUUAAUACAUUUAAAACAAGAGUUGAUAAAUUUCAUUCAAAGAAUUUCUGAAGCACUUCAUUUAAUUUUUAAUUAUUCAUUACUUGUAGAUCCUCGUUUAUUACAACAAGACGUCAUUGAAUUAACAUUAGAUAAAAUGAUAACAGAUUCAAGUUCAAUUGAAAAAAUACAAGACAUGAACAAUAAUAUUAUGUCAGCUACAAAUAAUUUCAAAUUAAUACCUUCAUUUUCAACUUGUGGUAUGUAUUUUAAUUUGGUUAAAUGUAUGGAAAAUGAAUUUAAAUAUAUAUCUAAUUUCUCUUGGAAUGUUCAAAAAAAAAUUUUUAUAGAACUUAUUCAAUUGUCUGAUGAAAUUGGUAAAUUGGUCGUUCAUCUCCUUAUCCAAAAUAACAAGAUUCAAGAAUGUUUAACAAUCGUUCAUUGUUGUGAUAACAAUGAAUUGUCUGAAUAUAUGAAUAAAGAAGUAUUAAAUUGUUCAUGUAAUUCGUUCUGGAAUUUUUACAAAGUCCCAGUACAAGAAUUACAAUAUCAAUUACCUAUUGAUGAGGUACAACAAUUAAAAAAUAAUGUCAAUGCACUUGGAAAUGAAAAAAAUGAAAUUAAUUUCCAUGAAAGAGAAAGACUUGUAUUUGAAUAUUUAUUCCAAUUACAAGAACUUAAGAGCCAAAUUAAAAAUAAUGAGCUUUGGAUAGAGUUACAACAGUCUUUAACAGAAAUAGGUAAUAGAAUUUCACUACAAAAAGAAUUAAUAAAAGCUGGUGUGAUUGAUGAAUCAUCGAGUAAAUACUUGAUUUCAUCAACAUAUCUUAAUUAUAUCAAAAACCAUAAAUAA